GCCUCUUUCUAACAAACCUCCUGCUCAGUGAUGUGAAGUGUGACAGCAGUGAGACGAUUCUGUGCAGAAUGAGGACCUUCAGCUUGACAUCAGCUUUACUCCUCUGCAGCCUCUGCUGGAUCUCUGUCUCAGCGUCUGAGUCUCACACUGUGGACGUUCAGGCCGGUGAAGACGUCACACUGCUGUGCUCCAACAUUUCCAGUAUUUCAAAUUACAGAUUCUGGUCCAGACUCGUAAACGGAACCAUGAUCAGAUGUAUCGCUUCUUUUUACGGGGCUAAUAACAAUCCUCAAUACUGUGAUGAAUAUCAAAAUGGAAACUUUGAAAUGACAUCCAACAGCUCUGAUGUUUAUCUGAAAAUCAAACAAGUGGAUCUGUCUGACUCUGGGAUGUAUUUCUGUGGAUUUUUCUUAGACGGACACAUUUUAAUCAAUAUAAAACUUUUAAAUGUUCAAGGCAAUGACGCUGAUGGCAAAUCUGAAAAAACUCCUGAUGCAAUAACAAAGCUGACGAGUGUGACCCUGGGCGGUCUGACUGUUUUCCUUCUGAUGGUCAUCAUUGGUCUGGUUGUUAAAAUCAGGAAACUUCAGACAGCACAAUAUCAAGAGCACAGUCCACAAACACAGGAUCUAGACUCAGAUGACCUGAACUAUGCAGCGCUCAGAUUCCUUCCAGAUCCAAACCUCAGGCCUGCAUCAGAGAGAGAGCUGGAGACAAAUGUUGUGUAUGCUGCCACCAGAUAGACUCAGGAAGCAACUGGAACUGCAGUCUGAGUGACCUGAUGUUUUCUCAUAUUCAUCUGUAUCAGAGAAGCUGCCGUCACUUGUUACCACCACAAUUUUGUAAUAAAGAUAUAAUAUUCACACCAAAUUUGCAUCUUUUUGGUUAUGCUGUCUCAUUAUGAUUGGUGUUUGAUUGAGAAGGAGCCAAGUCUUUAUUCUGACAGGAAGCACUUUGUGGUCUGAGCAUGACUGAUCUGUUUGCAGUAGUUGGCAUGCAUCAAGUUUUCAUGACCUAUUUGUUAUUUUCCACUGUGCUGAGCGCUCGGUAACAGCUAAAUCAGUAGUCAAUCAGGUAACAGCCUCUUCUGCAUCGUAAC